AUGAGACUUGAGAAUCGCGUUGCCCUGGUUACCGGCGCGGCCACGGGUCUGGGUCGGGUCUACGCGGUGCGGCUGGCCGCGGAAGGCGCCCACGUCUGCGCCGCGGACGUGAACUUCGCGGGCGUCCAGGGGACCGCCCGGCUGGUGGCGGCGGAGGGGCGCAAGGCGCUGGCGGUGGAGAUGGACGUGACCUCGGAGGAGCAGACCCUGGACGGAGCGAAAAAGGCCUUCGACCACUUCGGCAGCAUCGACAUCCUGGUGAACAACGCCGGCAUCGUGCGCAACACGCCACGGGUUCCCAUCGAGGAGACCGACGUGGCCGACUGGCAUCGGAUCAUCGCGGUGAAUCUCACGGGGACGUUUCUGGCCGCCCGGGCGGUGGUUCCCUACAUGAAACGGUCGAGCAAGGGGAAGAUCAUCAACAUCAGCUCCGGCGUAGCGCUGCACGGCCGCACCCUGAGCCAUCAGUACGUGUCGUCCAAGAUGGGCGUCAUCGGUCUGACCCGCGCGCUGGCAGCGGAUCUCGGUCCCUUCAACAUCAACGUGAACGCCAUCGCGCCCGGGGGCGUCGACACCUCGGAAGUCCGCGAGGCGCCGGAGACAGCGUCGGAGCACAUGCUGCGCCAACGCUGUAUCGAGCGCCAUCUGUAUCCCCAGGAUCUCGACGGGGUUGUCGCCUUUCUGGCGUCGGACGACAGCGACAUGAUCAGCGGACAGGUGAUCAACGUGGACGGCGGCCGGGUGUUCAUCGCGUGA